AUGUUGUUCGCUCCACAGAAUGUGUCUAUUCAGGCAAUAGCUCCUGAAACCUCUCGACCAGCCAGUCAGGUCGCUCUUCCCGCUGUUGAUCCGGCCAGACCUGCGGAUUAUCAGCUAUUAGACGACAGAAUAAGGGCUAUUGAGGGUUUCUCAGCCUUUGGUAUCGACACUCGAGAUCUUUGCUUAGUUCCAAAUGCGGUGCUCCCGCAAAAAUUCAAGGUGCCAGACCUCCCAAAAUACAAAGGUCUAAGCUGCCCUCGUAGUUAUAUCACGAUGUAUUGCAGGAAGAUGGUGUUGUACAUCGAUAAUGAUGACUUGCUGAUCCAUUUCUUCCAAGAUAGUCUGUUUGGAGCUUCUCUGGAUUGGUACAUGGGUUUGGAACGUACUAAGAUCCGAUCAUGGAGGGACCUAUCUAAGGCUUUUUUGAAACAAUAUAAGUAUAAUCUUGACAUGGCUCCGACAAGGCUUCAGUUACAGAACCAAGCGCAAAGAUCUAAUGAAACCUUUAAAGAGUAUGCUCAGCGUUGGCGCGAGAUGGCGUCCAGGGUCAGACCAGCAUUGUCUGAUAAUGAACUUGUGGAUAUCUUCAUGGGUACGCUUCAAGGGUUGUACUAUGAGAAGAUGAUUGGAAGUUCGUCUACAAACUUCACAGAUAUGGUAACUAUCGAUGAACGAUUAGAAAAUGGGGUGAAAUCAAGGAAGAUCACUGAUACAACCGCUCCACAGACAACGAAUAAGAGGUCGCAUGGGGGCUUCGCAAAGAAGAAAGAGGGGGAAGCAAAUGAUGUGACGGCAGGUGCCCACCCCCAAUAUCAGUUUCCGAUGGCCCCUAUGUCGUACUAUCCCUAUCUGUAUGUCGCUGCAACUCAGUAUCAACAACCGUCAUGUCAGUAUCAAUCGUAG